GCGUGACCCCGCGCAUGCGCAAAGUGUCCCGAUUUAGCCGCUGUAUUUCCUGCUUGCUGUUUCCACUCGAAGCGAUGGCAGAAGUGAAAGCUUCCUUGUUUUAUGGAGUUGUAGCGGCUGUCCUGAGUUCAGCGGUGCUUGCGUUUGUUGAAGAUCUGGAUGACACAUUCAAAGAAACAAGAGUGAACGACGUCUGGCUGGUUGAUUUCUACGCACCGUGGUGCGGCUACUGUAAAAAACUAGAGCCAGUAUGGCAUGAUGUGGGAGCUGAGCUGAAGAGCUCUGGGUCGCCGGUCCGCGUGGGAAAGAUGGAUGCCACUGCUUACUCUGGAAUGGCGUCAGAGUUCGGUGUCCGUGGUUACCCCACAAUUAAACUGUUGAAGGGUGAUCUUGCCUAUAAUUACAAGGGGCCAAGGACAAAAGAUGAUAUCGUAGAGUUUGCCAACAGGGUGGCAGGACCGGCCGUCCGGGCACUUCCCAGCAAGCAGAUGUUUGAGCACAUGAUGAAACGGCAUGACGUGCUCUUUGUGUACGUCGGUGGGGAGUCUCCCCUCAAAGAGAAGUACAACGACGUAGCCUCUGAGCUCAUUGUCUACACUUACUUCUUCUCAGCGUCGGAGGAAGUUUUUCCAGAGUCAGUAACUUUGCCAGAGCUUCCUGCGGUUGUAGUCUUUAAGGAUGGAGGCUACUUUACCUAUGAUGAGUACGAAGAUUCUAGUUUAUCAUCAUGGGUGAACAAGGAGCGCUUCCAAGGAUACCUCCAGAUUGAUGGCUUCACACUAUAUGAGCUUGGAGAAACAGGCAAAUUGGUGGCGAUUGCAGUCAUCGAUGAGAAGGACCCCACAGAGGAGAGUGGCAGAUUAAAGACCUUGAUUCAGAGGGUGGCGAAGGAAUACAGAGAACAUUUUAACAGGGACUUCCAGUUUGGCCACAUGGAUGGGAACGACUACAUUAACAGCCUCAUUAUGGGCGAGGUGUCAGUGCCCUCCGUUAUCAUCCUCAACACAUCCAACGAGCAGUACUUCCUGCCCAGUGAGCCGAUUGAGACCAUGGAGCAGCUGGUCCAAUUCAUCAACGGUGUUUUGAACGGCUCUGCACAGGCAUAUGGAGGUGAUGGCGUCAUUCAGAGGAUCAAACGCGUGGCCUUUGAUGCCAGAUCCACCAUUAUGUCAGUGUUUCGCAGCUCUCCGCUGCUGGGCUGCUUCCUGUUCGGCCUACCGCUGGGUGUAAUUAGCCUGAUGUGCUAUGGCAUCUGCACGGCUGAGUCGGAUGACGGUUCGGAUGACAUCGACGCGCUCAAGAGGGAGGGCCUGACUGACGAGGAGGAAGAAGAGGAGGAGGACAGGCAAUGCGCCGCUGAGCUGGAGGGCCCUGAAGAGGGCGAGAAUGAGGAAGAUGAUGCUGGAGAGAAGGAUCCCGAGGAGAAGAAAACCGAUUAACACAGGGGCUCCCGUCGGAUAGAGGAUGAUAGGCCUAGUCAAAUGCAGUGACAUGAAACUCAAAGACAUAUAAAUGUAUUACUGUUCUGCUUCUUUGUUUUUCAUAUCACUCCACCCCCCCCAUCCCCCCAAAGCCCCUCUAGCACAGACUGUUCUCCCGUCUUUGAGUUCUGUGUGUCACUUUGUAACGUCAGCUGUGAAGCCAUCGAAUCAUGUUUAAAACUAACAGCCUUUUAAUGAUGGAGUGUAAACACAUAAAGUUCAAGAGAAGAGAAGGCUUGGCUGUGAACCAAACAUACCACUUAUUUAUUAUGAUUCGACCAGUCAGUGGUUUAUUCCAUGUAAUGUGUGACAUUUUCUCAUUGUUAGGUUGUUGUUUUGUAACCACUUAAAUCUUAAAUGCCCUUACUAUAGUUUCUUCUUCUUCUUUUUUUUUUUUUUUGUCAUUUCCCAACCACUUCUGAUUAUUUUGUUUUUCUAGUUUGCUAUGAUAUCCUAGAAAUGGUAGAUUAUAAUCAAUAGUUAAGAGAUAAAUCCAGCCUUCAAACUGAAUACAGACAUUUUGUUCCCCUCUUCUCCCAACCCAAGGUGUAGAUUUAUCAUGUAUAAUGAUUGACAAGUGUAGAAAGCAAAGGAAGUGCCCACGAAGGAAAAUCUGCCAUAAAUGAAUUGUGCUUUUUCUAUUGUAUGUUACUGCCUGAAAACAUUUUACUCUUCUUCUUCUAGGGAUGCAAAGUGCCGAGCAUUACAACUUAUUUCUCACGCCAGCCACCUGUUAGUGUCCAUUUGUGCGGAAAGUUGAUGAAAAAAGCUGGAAUGGUAAUUGGUAUCAGUCUGUCUGAUGCUGGAAUAUGGCAACUAAUUUCAGCCCAACAUGACCAACCAGCUAAAAAUUCACAGUGUAUAUGGCUUGUACCUGUACAGCAGACACCCAUAACAUGCAUCAGUAGUUCCCGCGGCUUUUAACAACUCAUAUUCCUCAGAUAGACGGGCUCUGUCUGUUUCCAUAUUUCAAUCUGUCCUCCAUCACUGGUUGCUAUAUUGAAUUCAGUAGGCAGGUUGAAGUUUACAUCCCAAUGCACUGAGGAGUACACUGAGCGUACAAAAUAUUAGGACUGUCUUCCUACCUCCCCCUUUUUUUUCCUUUUGUUAAAACCCGCUAUUGCAAGUUUUCUCCAGGCCUAGAAAUCCAUCUCUAUCCUAUUUUCAAACCCUUGUGACUAAAGUGUAUAUAAUAGCUGAAAUCAAGUAGGGGUUACGGCUUCCUCGUGGACUCAAGUGGCCAGCCUGUUUCAUGAAAAGUGUUCCCUAAAAAAUCUGCUACUCCCACUGUAAUACCAUUUUCAUGAAAAAUACGCAGUAGAGUGUGCACCCUGUUGGAUUUUGGGCCCAGUGUUGCCUCUCUGGCAGCGGGGGCAUGUCAAAGCACCUGAAAACAUCACUAACAAAGAAAAACAAUAAAAGCAAUAUGAAUAAAAACAUGUAUUUAACAGUCAGGGUGUAAUUUUGACAGUGGAUUUAAAGUGGUGUUUCCAUGGAAACUGAAGCAAAAUUCCCAGUGUCUGUCAUUAAGAUUCUUCCAUUUGAUUGGUGCAUGGAAAUCGCUGACAUCGUCUUUCUUACGAGGCAUCCCUGCCCGCUUCAAACUAGUGAGAAGAGCACAGAUAAAACACAAAUACUGUAUGAAAAUCCCUCAUUUUAAAUAAUCAGGUUGGACCACGUCACUCAUCAAGUAAGAAGCUGAUGAUUGAAAGUAAUAGUCUGACAUUUUAGAAAGUACAUUCAUUCACUUUCUUGCCAAGAGUUGGAUGAGAAACCUCUCUCCUCGUCUGAAGGGAAACCAUGUAGCUACUGCCAGCAGCUGGUUAGCUUAGCUUGGCAUAAAGACAGCCAUCCCUAGUUCUGUCAAAAAUAAAAUAAAGUCUGCCUACCAGCCCCUCUAAAGCUCACUAAUUAAAACGUUAUAUCACAGACCACACAAACACUUAAGGGACUUCCUGGGAGUCUUCACUGGUCGCCUGAAAACCUCACAGUGAUGACGAGACUCCAGGAAAGUCACUGGGCCUGACCAGGAUGUAGGUCUGCACACAAAGCCCCUUGUAAAACCACACAAUGUUGUCUUUACACCUUUUGUGCAGAUUAAAAAAAACAAAAACAAGACGUAACGUGUUAGUGAGCGUUAGAGGUGCUGGUAGGCAGUUUUUGGCCCCUUUUGCACAGAGCCAAGCUAGUCGUUUCCCCCUGCUUCCAGUCUUCAUGUUAACCCAAGCUAAUGCAGCUGCUGGCACGUUCCAUAAAAAAAGGUACAUCUACUCAUCUACCUAAAACGUAAGACUACUUCCCAAUAUAUCAAGCUAUUCCUUUCAGAGGGGUACACAAGAUAAUCAUUUGUUUUACAUUAUUCAGCUGGAACAUUCAUGCAUUGUAUUUAACUCACAGAGCUACAAAGCAAUUAUAGGUUGGAAAUGAGUAAUGAAUGCUUCUAUAACAGGUUUUCUCUUAGGGGACUACGGCGCUGAAAUGAAUAAGAAUUAAGUUCAUUCUUGACCUUGGGAACAGUAGAUAAAGUAAUCUUAGCUCUAGGUCCAGGUUUCUGGAGUUUCUAAAGGCAUCUGACGCAGUGACAGCUGAGCAAACUAUUAAGAUACUGAGCAGGCCUUGAAUUAAGAUAUUUCCAAAUGGUAAUGAAUGUUUUGAGCUGUUAAUGCUAUUAUUGUGUAUCUUUACCCCCGUUCAGUAACCCUUUUUAAAAAUUGUAGCCGAGUAAUAAAAUGUCCGGUUUUGGUUAUUCAUCAUUACUCAUUUCAUCGUGCUUUUGUAGCUCAGUAAAUCUUGUAACCUUGAUGGACUUAGCACACCUGUUGUGUUUAAAUUUUUUUUUUACAGAGGUUAUCUGUAUUAUUACUGUGAAACUGCACUAAAGGAAACCAUGCCCUCGCCUUGCCUUCUGGUCUUUGUAGUUGCCUACCAUUCUCUUUGGGUUUGAAUUGAGAUUGUCACACUUUAUUACAGGUUUGAAAGAUUGAAAUAAAGACUGUCCUCUUUUUUUUUUUUUCA